UCUUCUGGCGCCGAGCGGGAUGGUGCUGCAGGUGGCCCGGCCGCUCCCCAGGCUGAAAUCAUUCCACAGGUUACAAAUAAUACUACAGCACUUGCAUAUGUCCAAACACACAGAUUCUGUGCAUGAAGUAUUGCUGGAAAAGAAAGGAUGUGCUGGAGUAAUAACUAUGAAUAGGCCAAAGGCUCUAAAUGCAUUUAAUCUUCCCAUGAUUCAACAGAUUUAUCUGCAGUUAAAGACAUGGGAAGCAGACCCUGAAACCUUUCUAAUCCUUAUUAAGGGAACUGGAGGAAAGGCUUUUUGUGCUGGUGGUGAUAUCAGAGCUAUCGCAGAUGCUGGAAAAGCUGGGGGUAGGAUGACACAAGAUUUCUUCAGAGAGGAAUACAUCCUGAACAAUGCCAUCGGUACUUGUCAGAAACCAUACGUGGCCCUUAUUGAUGGUAUUACAAUGGGAGGGGGUGUUGGUCUAUCAAUCCAUGGACAUUUUAGGGUGGCUACUGAGAAGACACUUUUUGCAAUGCCAGAGACCGCAAUAGGCCUUUUCCCUGAUGUGGGUGGAGGGUAUUUCUUGCCAAGACUUUCAGGGAAGAUUGGCUAUUACCUUGCUCUUACAGGAUUUAGAUUAAAAGGAAGAGAUGUGCAAAAAGCAGGAAUUGCUACACACUUUGUAGAAUCAGAAAAGCUGCCUGCUCUGGAGAGAGAUUUGACAUCACUGAAAUCACCUUCAAAAGAAAAUGUUGCAGAACUAUUGAACUCUUAUCACGUGAAGUGCAAAAUUGACCAAGAAAAGCAAUUCAUACUUGAUGAACACAUGGAGAAGAUUAACAGUACGUUCUCAGCAAGCAGCAUGGAAGAAAUCAUCCAGAAUUUGAAGAAGGAUGGUGGUCCUUUUGCUCUUAAGCAGCUAGAGACCAUUAGUAAAAUGUCACCAACAUCCUUAAAGAUGACUGUCAGACAGCUUCAAGAAGGGGCUUCCAUGGACCUGCAAAAUGUUCUAACGAUGGAAUACAGACUGAGCCAGGCAUGCAUGAGAGGCCAUGACUUCUAUGAAGGUGUUCGAGCAAGAUGUGGGAUGCAGAAGGGCUUGAAGUCAGGAACUGGAAGUUGUAGGAUUGCUUCUGGUAGACUCUGUGCUUGUAGCCUGCAGGACCCAGUGCUGAUUGACAAAGACCACGCCCCAAAGUGGAAGCCAGCUACCUUAGAAGAAGUAACAGAUGAAUUUUUGGACAGUUGCUUUAAGUCACUGGGAAGCAACGAUCUGAAGUUAUAAUGGAGCUGGACAAACCUCUGGAAGUUUUAUUCAUCUGAUUUAAUAUUAGGAUAUAAAAAGGAAUAGUGGUGCAAAGAUUUUGGAGGAGGAGGUAUGGUAUCAUCCUUGUCUUCAAUCUGCUUUUAGAUGCAUAUUUAAAUUUUUGCACUCUGUAGCUUUCACUUCUGUCUACACUACCACAGUGAAAACUGAAUCAUGACUGCCUUGUACAAGGAAUUAAAGUACUUCCAGAAAGUCCUUUGCCUACUGCUGCUAAAUAAGAAAGAACCUUUCAUUUUU